UCAAAUUUGUUGAUAAUAAGUCACAAAACAAGAAUAAAUUAUUAAGGCUGAAAACUUUCUCUGAGUAUAAAACCAUUUGUCAUCAAAAAUCACAAUAAGUAACCAAUGAUUCGAUUUUUAAAUAUAUGACUAAAGUUUUGUUAAAAUAAAACGAGAGUUUAAGAAUAUAUAUUGCGUUCCCAAAAUGAGAAACAAAAAUCAUUUUGAAAUAUUUUCACAAUGUUUUCGAUUUUCUCUGAUUAACAUCUUUUUACAAGAUAAGCCCAGAUAAAUUAAUUUUCCAGUUCAAGACAUAUUAUGCGGCGGCUAUAAAAGUUCAAUUGGAAGGUAUUAUGCAAAUUGUACGGAAAAACGUUACUCGUUAUGUACCAAAAAUUUAGGUUUGUAAAUUAUUGAGAAUUUGAAACUAAGACAAGUUUUAUAUAUUCAUUACCUCAAAAUAUUACAGCUCUGUCCGAAAUUUCAAUACAAGUGCACAGAACAUGCUUGGCUCCUUGCAGGUGGUCAUGUGUUGUUGGUUAUUAUUUUUUGGUGCACUCAUUUAAUGUCGCCUUUUUUAUCUUUAUUUUCAUAUACAUGCUUCUAACUUAUGAUAAAGAUACGAAAUAUGUACAAACAAUAUAAUGUUGUGCGAUCAUAUAUCAUAAGUUGUCGGGAGUUUAAAGGUUAAUAGAAGCAAUACAGUGAAGUAUUUUCAUUUAAUGUUGAAACUUGAAGCAAUAAAAAGCAUUUUUAGUUGGACUUUUUAAAACAAAAUUAUUGUUUUAUUGGUUAUGUAAAUCAUGUUGAAAAUGAAAAUAUGUGAUAUAACUUUGAGUUGAAAAACAAAAUCAAUUAUUUUAUAUCGUGUUGUUACCCGCAGUUCAACCAACGGGAAUAGGCCAAUUAAUAGCAUUUGUUUUGAUGGUCAGUGUUAUGUGUACGUUGCCUUUGCCUUGUUGAUCUCCAUUCUCAUAUUUUCAUUAAAUUCAAUUUUAACAUACCUGAUAUCUUGGUUUAUUUUUGAGCCCAGAUCUCUACAUUUAAAGUUACUGAAGGCCAACAGAAUUCACGAAUCACAAAUGCACUAUUUGUAUUUGUGGACACACAUUGGCACACGCGUAGAGUUAAUCACCUCACAUUUAGCAAUGUUAGCUAAGAUUUUUUAUUUGCAAUGUUUGCUUUUUAAAGCUUAAAACGAAUAAAACAGCUAAAUUGAGAUACAAAAAAUAUUUUACGUAUUUCGUAUUUGGUCAAUGAUACUUUUUAUAAUACUGCCCCAUCAUAUACAUCUGAGCUUGUGAAGCAAUUUUUGAGGUCGCAGAAGAUUUUGUCUUGCCACACCCAACAUACUCUUCAGAGUUCUUAUCUGGUCGUCGAUACAAAUCCCGACUGACAGUUGACCCAACCAUCAGUCAGUGCCUCAGAGAUCUACCUUAUAAGCGUACCGUAAUGCCUUUUAUAAAUAGGUUUGGAUAAAUUAUGUACAUGUUUUUCAAACCGCGGUGUAUUAUUUGAAGAGAUGUUAUGUUAAUUUGACUAUUUUAGUGGAAUGGUUUUGAGAAAAAGUACAGUAUAUCGAUCAUUAGUUUUCAUGCAUUAUUAUACAUGUAAAAUUGCAUAUCAUAUUUAAUGCGUUUCCCAUUACUCAUGCCUGUUGCCCAAAAAUGAAGUUACCAAUUCACGUGUCUGCUUUAGAAUAUGCUGCUUUUGAAUCCAUUCUAUAUGGCAAACGACUAAAAUUACUGAACAUAAUCAAACAGGAAUCAAAUCAACAAUAACACCUACGACAGUUCGCCAAGAAAUAACUACAUACAAAACUGAUACACCAACCAAACAUCCAAUGACAGGAUUGACAACUUCAGCCGAAUAUAAAACUAAUGUCAAGGAAAAACAUACACUAGAAGACACGCAAAGUUCAGAUGUAUGGAUAUAUGUUGUCGUACCGCUUGGAGUAGUGUUAUCACUGACAUUUGGAAUGACAGUAGUUAUUUACAUUUACAGGAAAAGGUUACAGAAAAGAGAAAGACUUGAUCAAACCACAAAUAUUUCCAACUUAACCACAGUCUCUGGACAAAAUGAUUAUGAAACUCUAGAACAUCAGCAAUGUGACGAACACGAGUAUAGCUCUGCAAGACAGGUUAAUAAGGAUUGUGUUGCAAUGAAUACAUAUGUCAAUGAUGUUGUUUAUAGGGAGGAUAAAUAGAUUUAUUUGAAGUGUUACAUACAUUACUAUAAGCUAAUUGCAGAUAAUUUUUAUAAGCAUAUUUUUAUUGAAUAAACAUUUUGAAAAUGAUGUGUGGAGUACAUUUUCUUAUUUCACAAGAAUAAUGUUAAAUUUUAGUUAAAGGAUCGAUUAUUUCUCAGAAAUAAUUUUAUUUUAAAUUCCCAAAAGCUUAUUAUUUAAAGUGUACUUUUGUAUUUUAAAAAAUGUUCAUUGGCCAAUUAUCUAUACAAUAUGUUCCUUCUGUUGAGUUUUAGCAACUAGUACAGUUAUAGUUGAAUGUAAGUCAAAAUACUCCUUUGUUUCAUUUUGUUACCAU